UCGCUCGCUCGCCCGCACGCCUACACGACCAUCGUUUCCUCUCCCUCCCCGUCCAUAGUUACUCGACCUCGGGUGGUUGCGAGACGAGACGAGACGAGAACUCCGCUCUAGCGGCACUCCAACGCGCGCGGCGGCUGAUACGACGACAUCAUGUCUCAAUUCGGGAAUUUCCACGACUUCUGUCGAGACUCAACGCUACCCGUCUGCAACUUAUUCCUCGAGCGUUCCGGCACGCAGUACGGCGGGGGCAUAGACAAGUCGUGCGCACUAGUCGGCUUCGCCGCGGGCGGGGGACGAGUCCGGAACCUGGGGUCGAUAGUUGCCUGCGCCGUUGCCGUGAUCGUCGCCGGCCUGUUGAUAUGGCUGUCGGAGCGGAAGAAGGCGGCCGUCGGGCGCCGGGAGAUGCAGAUCUUCCUUGUGGCAUACGCUAUCGUCUCGAUCGCGGAGAUAUUCAGUGUUGGCGGGUUUCUGACGGAUAGGAAAAAAUUGGUGUGGUUCUCGGCCAUACAUAUAGGCGCCAUCGCGGCCGCGUGCUGGAUCCUCCUCAUCAACGCGAUCGUCGGGUACCAAUUGAUGGACGACGGGACGCCGCUGAGUAAUGGUCUGACGGCGGGCUCGGGCCUCGUCGUGUUCAUUGGCGUCGCAUACGUCGCGGUCGACACGGGGUUCAACUACUCGGGCGAAUUCGAGAUCAACGACGAUAACCUCCGGAACUACGCGCUCUACGUCCUGUACCUACUCUUCCCGCUGCUCCUGCUCGUCGCGUUCUUCAUCCUCGAGAGCGUGCUGGUGCUAGGGGUGUUACGGGAGACUCGGCCGAUGGUCCUCCUCACGAUCUCAGCGCUUCUAUUCAUCAUAAGCCAAAUCUUCAACUUCGUGAUCAGCGUGCACCUGUGCACCGCGACCAACGGCAAGAUCGACGGCGCACUGUUCGAAACGCUGUUCGUGCUGCUCGCCGUAAUAGCGCUGUGGUUCUUCUGGAGCAGCAUCACUGAGGACGAGUGGCCCGAUGAUAACUACACCUCCGGCACUACGCCGUUACCGUCUACCAUCGGUGGUGGGGCUGGUGAACGCGCUUAUGCUUGAUUUUCCUGCCGACUGACUUCCAUCCUUACUACGGAAGGAGGAUGGUGAUGUGAUGGUGCGUAUGUAAUGAUGUUAAUGUGAGGCGUUUGUUUUUGUUUUCCCUUGUUUUUGUCGUUUUUUGUUAGUUUUGCCUGGUGGGGUGGGUGUGGUUUUUAUUUUAAUGCGGGAGGGAGCGGCGCCGUGGGAAAAAGGGUUCUUGAACAUACUUCUUUGUAUACCCAUUUUUUUUUGUUUUUGUUCUGUACUUUUGUGUGGGGAGAGGGGGGCGGAGAUGUGUACGCGAUUGCUACCUGCAU